UCAACGUCAGAAAAGUCAACAUUAAAAUUAGGCAAUUAGUCAAUCGCACAAAAGAACAGCACGUUAUAAUGCACAAUGCAUCAGUUACUCAGUAACAACAAAGACUAAAAGUUAAUGUAAUACAAUAUCCACAUAAUAGUCGUUAUCGUACAUAAAGUCAACUGCGCACGUGCUUGUUUAUCGUGUAAUUUGUGUUAUUUUUUCUGACAUAUGAACUCUACCCUAUUUAUCAAGUAAAUGUUUUUUUGAUAAAAAUGAAGUUUCCUUCACCUAUACGGAUGCACGUCAAGUCGUUCUUGAUUUUAAUUCUAUUAUCAGUUGCGUAUGGCCAAGAUAGAAAGAUAACUUCAAAGCUAAAUCCUGGCUGUAAAACAUGCUCAGCGGAGACAACAUUAGUAUAUGUAAGGUGUGAUGGAUCUGCCGACUCCAUUCAUCAGAUUUGGGACUUUACAAGACAUUUACCAACAGUCAUUUUCACAAUUACCUCCUUAAAUUCAACUUUAAAUGUAACAUGGGAUGGAACAACACCAAAAAGUUUUGCAUUGUCAGAGAAACCUCAUUACAGCUUUGCUACUGCUAUUGAUAAGCUAUAUGAAUAUAAUGAUUUGGACGACAACGGAUUUAUUGUGCCUAAGUAUCCCCAACAUGAGUACAGUCUGAGCAAAGUGAUCUGGCACCUCAAUGAAAGCAGGUUUGCCGACAAGGAAGUUAUGGUGCGCUUGAAUGGCUUUAUUGAUGAUGAAAGAGUGAAAGGCAUCAUCAACGUUAAGCUGGAUCUCAUUCCAUUCAAAGACUAUGCGACAGACCUGCCACAUUUGAUCCACACAGCAAACUCCACACUAUUCGACAUCAGCCUAACAAAUCUCACAACCAGGUCGCAUUAUAACGCCUCCCGGUUCGCCUUACACCUGUUGAUGGCUAGCACGGAUCAUGUCACCGAUACUAUGCAUUUCACGAUGAGGAAAAGUCUUGAUGAUGAACAUACUCCGGGAGUGUUCGAGAUAAUAGAGAUCAAGACCCCAUCAUUGUACCAUACUGGCGAGGGCGGGUACCUCCAGUUCCGUCCUGUGGGGUACACUCAGCCGGAGCGCGGCGUCGCGAGCUCUACUGUGGCGCAUGUGUCAGAUUUUAAUAGAACAAGGCUACCUUACCGUAGUACGUUAAGGCUUUUCUACGGCGGGCUCGACAUAGCCGACCUACUGAUACAGGAUAUGUUCGUGUCGUUCGGUGAAAACGGUGACGGAUUUUACAAACAGCACAACUACACAGCUUGGUCGUUCACGAUAGGUUACGGUACACCACCGGUGGAAAAGUUCUCUCUCUUCGUUAUAAUGAUUAUCUCUAUAGGUUUGGGUGUACCCUUAGCACUGGCCCUAUCUGGUAUUUUGUACGUCGUGUUAAGACGGUACAGACAACGCUCUAUAACGAGGUUCACUAAUGAAGACUAGGCUUUAUAUGGCUGUAUAUUGUGAUCCGUUGCUUGUUAUUAAUUUUUUUGUUUUUCAUUUAAUUAUGAAAAUAUAAAUGGAUUUAAUGCCGACUAAGCCCUAUGGCUGUAUGUAGAUCUGUUUAUCUUAUUUGAAUUUAUGUAACAAUGUCUAGUUAUUAAAUUUAAUCUGCCGAGCUGAAAUGAAAAAAAAAAUAUCAGAAUAGUAAAAGCACUGUAGAAUUACCGAUAAAAAAAUAUAUAAUAAACCCCUAUUAAUUUCAAGAAUGUUUUAAAACUGAUAAUUAUAUACUAAAAUAUUUAUUGACAGGUAAAUUUUUAUUUGUAUAUUAUUUUAAAAAAUUUUGUACUUGUAUACAGUUAAUAUAAGUCAAAUAUAAUGAAAGGGGACAUUGUAAAUAUGAAUUUGAUUUUUAAAACUGAUUUCAGUAAAUGUUUAAGUAACUUUGACAUCGGGAUAUCUCCAAAGGAACACAUUUAUUAUAUAUGAUUUAUUGAUGAAACAAAAUAAUCACAAAUAAAGUACUGUAUCUAGACAUUGUAAUUUAUUCGGCUAUGAAUUUUAAUUUUUAACUGUCAUAAAAUAAAAUGAUUAUUAUUGUAAUGAAAAUUUUUAAGAUUUAAAGAAAGCAGCACACGUGGAAAACACAUCUCCACAGUUAGAAAAUUUGUACAUUCAUGUUGUAAAUAUGUUGGUUUAAUUAAGAUAUAAAUAUUGUUAUAAAAAAAAAUGCUAUUUUUUUUAUAGGUUUUAAUGCUCCAAUUUCAUUUACACUAUAAUUAUGCAAAUGAGGUCUUAUGGAAAGUAUUUUUUCAUAUUUAAUGUACUUACCUAUUUAUAAGUAGGUAUCUUUAAUAUGAAAAGAAUACAUUAUAUUUUCGUUUCUAUUCUAAUAUCGAAAUUGUAGUUGCAUCUUCCUCUUUGUUCUUAUAAUUACAUUGUGAUAUUACCUAUUUAUUGUAUAAAUGUAUUAUAAUGAAUCAAUAUUUAAA